AGCGCGAGAAAGAGGGACACAGAUGGAGAUGGAUGUGGAUGUGAUUAGAAUGCUUAGAAACUGAGACAAUAUGUGAAAACACUUGAAUAAUUUCGCGCUCAGUGACAGUUUAAGAUAUUUGCGUUGUAUCUUGAUAUUACUAAAUAUCAAGGAAGGGGUAAAUAUCGUUAAGUGAAAGAUGAUAGUGUAUCUUUAUUGAAGCGAUAGGAUGCUGAGGUGACUGGCGUAUGGCUGAAUUUAAGCAAGCUAGUCCGCCGUAUGUUGAAAAGAAAGGCCAAAAUAGGUGGUGUGAAUGAAAGAAGAGGGCUUCUCUCUUGGAUGGACAUGUUUUGAGAGGUGUGGUGGAGGGAUGAAGGCGGUGUUGGCAUCCAGGCGGCAGCGGCUCUUCUAUCGGCUCUUCAUAUGUGCUGUCGGGCUCAUCGCCGUCACCUGCUUCGCUCAAAUUCUUCAUGUAACAGCCCAUUCCAAAGAGGAUUCGGACCUGACUUGGGCCCGGCGUAAACUAACCCAGCAGAUUGUAGAGGAGAACCAGACAUCCAGUACACCCAGAGCUGCUAUCCAUGAAUUUCCAGAGGACAUCUUCACUAAGGGACAGAGGAGGCAUGGGGCAAUUCUACUGCAUGUGUUUUGUGCAGUUUACAUGUUCUACGCCCUUGCUAUUGUCUGCGAUGUCUACUUUGUCCCCUCUCUGGAAAAAAUCUGUGAGAAUCUGCACCUCAGUGAGGAUGUUGCAGGUGCCACUUUCAUGGCAGCAGGCAGCUCCGCCCCCGAGCUUUUCACAUCUUUGAUUGGUGUGUUCAUCACCAAGGGAGACCUGGGGGUGGGAACUAUUGUGGGAUCAGCUGUCUUCAACAUCCUGGUCAUCAUCGGAGUUUGUGGAAUAUUUGCUGGACAGACCAUCACUCUGACCUGGUGGCCGCUNNNNCGUGACUCUAUCUACUACAUCCUCUCAGUGUUGGCCUUGAUUCUGAUCAUAUAUGACGAAAAAGUAAUUUGGUGGGAGACUAUAAUCCUCAUAACAAUGUAUGGAGUUUACAUCCUUAUCAUGAGGUUUAACAGUCAGAUUUGGGGCUGGGUGGAGCAGAGGUUUGGCAUCCCAGGUCAGCCGUGUUUGAUGAGCAGUCUGUGCAGAGAUGUGUCGGUAGGAGAGGCAAGCCCACACUGUGACACCUCCAUGAUCCUCUUGAAGAAAGGUCAGAAUGCGGGUGGCCAGGACUCCCCGGUGGUGAUGGUGGAUGAGUUGAUGAGUCUACACCCUCACCAGUUCUCUUUCUCAGAGGCAAGCCUCCGUGUCAUGAUCACGCCCCACUUCUCCCCCCGCCCUCGCCUCAGCAUGGCCGGACGCAUGCUCAUCACUGAGAGGCAGAGACUGAUUAGAAACAGGAGCCCUGGAGACAGCAGUGGCAGCGGAGCAGGGGACACUCCUGGCCAAGAUUGUCCAGGCAUGGAGGGGGUUCCUUGGGGUCUGGAGAAUGGAGGGGCCCUUGAGAGUGAAACGCAACCCCUGGAGGAACCUAGGCAACCUAGGGGCCAAGGAGGGGAUUUAGAACGAGUAGCAGACAUAGGGGACACACAGCCUAAAGAUGAUGAGGAAGAGGAGGAGGAGGAGGAGGAAGAGGCAGAUGAGGAACAACCCUUCAGACCUCUUACUGUGCCAGAGGGGCGCUGGGAGCAAGUCAGGUGGGUGUUGUCAUGGCCCUUAGGCUGCCUUCUGUACUACUCUGUCCCAAACUGUGUUUUGCCUCGCUGGGAGCGCUGGUGCAUGGUUACCUUUGUGGCCUCAACACUCUGGAUUGCCGUGUUCUCCUACCUCAUGGUGUGGAUGGUCACCAUUAUCAGUUUUACACUGGACAUUCCAGAUGUUGUCAUGGGUAUUACGUUUCUAGCAGCAGGCACCAGUGUCCCAGACUGCAUGGCUAGUCUCAUAGUUGCCCGUCAAGGUAUGGGAGACAUGGCGGUGUCCAACUCGAUUGGCAGCAACAUCUUUGACAUUCUGCUUGGUCUUGGUUUCCCAUGGGCUUUGCGCACUCUAGUGGUUGAUUAUGGGUCAAUGGUCUUCAUUAACAGUAAGGGGCUGCUGUACUCAGUGAUUCUUCUCCUUGCUUCUGUUUUUCUCACUGUACUGAGCGUGCACCUGAACCACUGGAGGCUGGACCGGAGGUUAGGCCUCGGGCUUAUGUUCCUGUAUGCCAUCUUCCUGCUCUGCUCCAUCUGCUUUGAGAGACUCUAGAUCCCGCUUUCCAUGUUUUGCUUAGCUGUAGGGUAGAUCUAGACCUAGAUAACCAUAUUUUAACCCCAGUCACUGCUUUAUUAGUAGCGGUUAUUUCAGCAAUGGUUUGAGUCCGGAGUAGUGAACGUUACAUUUUGAAGCGUGACUCUGCUCCGGCUUUAAGCCAAUCACCUGCGAGACAGUGCUGCCAAACUCAAGGAGACUGUACUUCAUACUGUACCUCUGAAACAUUUCUACUUAGCAUACAGAGCUUCUUUAAGAGAACAAAAAUCAGUUUCAAUUUCAAGGUGUGAUGAAUUUAUACAAGCGGUAUUAAAUGUUUACAGCACACAGGACACUUCCUCUAGCCUCGCCUUUUGCAUAUUUCUAUUCUGAAAUCUUAUAGUCACAAUCAAGCAUGAUACGAAGAAAAAUAUGACAUUGCAAGUGUGUUACUACUAAAAAGAGUUCUAUUAACUCUUGUAACAGAGAUCACUCAAUUUAUUGCAUUACUUUGCAUUAUUUAUUUUUGACUUUAGGUCUGUAAAAAUGUGUGCUUUAGGAUUCGAGGAUUUUCCUGUUUCGGUAUAUUUAAGAGCAGUUUGUUCAUUUUUGUGUUGUUUCUUGAAAAAGAAAAUAUUCUGGUAUUUUGGAAAGCAUUUCUUGUAGUAUUACUGAUUAACCAAAAACAUCCCCUGCCUUUGGUAAGUGUUUACAUACCAAACAUACAUAGUUUUAUAUAAAGUCCCGCUUUAGAGGUGUCUGCUGAACAUUUUGAUUUGUUGUAAUGAAAUUACUUUUGUGCCCUGCUACAACACUAUGAUUAUGAACAUGAGAAAGAAACAAUCAAUUAAAUCUUUAACAAUGUGUAACCAUUAUUCACAAAUAACUGCUUUAUACACAGGCCUUUACCAUGUUAAAAGCACCAAAUGAAGAUGUCGGUAAUCUCAAUAUAGUUA